AUGUCGAUUCAACUGAAAAAAAUUGAAAAAGCCGAUCGUGGUUCAUCCUUGUUGCCUGCGUUUAACCAAAUUCUUGUCAACGAUGUAGUUCAAAAUUUUGUUUUAUGUGAUAAAUUUCGCUCAAUCAUCACUUAUAAAUGUACAACCGGUUCUUGUGGUUUAAAGAAGCAUUUAGCAUCUUGUGAAAAAAAUUCAUCAUCAUCAAGUGCAACACAAUCAACUAUUACAAUCUAUUAUCGAAAUAAUAAAUCGAUCUUACCAGAAAAGCUUAAAAAACAAAUAACUAGUGCUUAUCUUGAUUUUAUCACAUUGGAUAGUCGUCCAUUUGAAAUUGCAUCUGGCAUUGGUUUCCAACAAUUUAUUCAAAUGAUUUAUAAUCCAGGAAGAUUAUCAUCGAAUAGUCAAUCAAUUGAAAUAUUUGAUUUUUUACCACAUCCUACGACAAACGUCUUCAAUUUAACUUAUAAUGAACUUGUUGAUAUAUUCAAUGAUUCACAUUAUGAUAAUUUUGAGUCACUUGAUAAAGAUUUAUUAAGUCAUAUUUGUAAUUUUCUUCAAGUAUUUGAUGAAAUCAUUACAACUUUAAGUGAUGAAACUCAGCCAACACUUCACAAGGUUAUACCGCUACGAAUGGUUUUGAUCGAUCAUUGUGUACCAAAAGCAAAAGAUUCACUGAGUAUUAUUAAGCUAAAAGAAUUUUUAAGUACGUACAUUUUCAAAAUACUGAAACUAAUAGAGUUUCUUCUGCAUAUUAUACUGAUUUUUAGAUAUUUAAUAUAAAGUUAGCAGGCUUUUUUACAAUAAGUUGGUAUGUACGAGUUGAGUGCAUUAAUAGUAGACUUUGUAUCAAAUAUACGAUCUAUACGAACUUUUGCUAAAAUGAGCUAAUGAUUUAAAUUUUCUAGAAGUUAAAUCGUAUCCUAUUUAUCCAUCUCUUAUUAGAAUAUUGUGUACUCAAAAAGUGAGUACACUCUAGAAUCGGUCAGUAUGUCCGGCCGGCCGGCCGUUUACACGAUAACUUUUGAAAGGAGAGGCCAAUCGCGAUGAAAUUUUCUACACAGUUCAGUCUUAACAAUGUCUCGGUUGAGUUCGAAGAUGAGAAGGAUCCGUCAAGAAAUGGCUGAGUUAUCGAAAAAAUUGUCAUUAUUGACCAGAUCAUCCCUGAGGGGGGGGGGGUACAGGGAUUUUUUUCUCGGAAUUAUUCACAACAUAUAUAAAUCGACUCAGUUUUUAAUGGUGAUUCCGGAUCUGAUAUUAGUUUUUAACCAAACCGUAGCUUUCUAACAAAACAUCGGCUGAAAAAGGUCUAAAAAGGCAUAAAAACUGCAUGGAGAAAUCAAAUAGGGUAGAUAUGUCUUCGAUGAUAAAAAACAAAGUGAAUAUACCUGUUCACUUUUUGAAGUACACAUAACUCUCGGAUUUAAAACCGAAGUUUCCGCAUUUAUUUUUUACAAAAGCUGGUUCUUUAACUAAUUUGUAUGAGGUAGAAAACGUUAGCAGUAAAUAAGUUCUUAUAUUUCUUCUAUGCUGUCUGAUGCAUCCUUAAAAUUUCGUUUUAGGUACAGUCCAUACUAGAGCUUCACAAAUGGGACAUUCAAGAUAUAGACAUAAAUUAUAUUUGUCAUCCUUUGAGAAAUAAUAAAGUAAUUUGAAUGACCAUCUCAACCUAUUCAUAUUAUAUUGGUAUUUCUGUAUCCAUUCAGACACUAAGUACACUUCAUCUUACAGGAAAUACAGUUGAGAGCACGAAAUUACAAUAUCUGGCUAAAGCCUGUCAAGACAAUACAGUAUGUAACAUUCUUUCUUGAUAUUGUAAGAUUCAUAAGUAUGAUUGACAACUUUAUACAGUCGCUUACUACAUUGAUGAUAACUUUUAUUAAACUUGAUGACAAUGUCGUGAAAUCAAUAGCUGAUAUUAUACGCCAUAAUAAGGUAUAGAAAGAACUUCUGAAUUGUAGUUGCAACUGUAUCAUUUUAUCUCUACAAAGACAAUAAGCAUAUUACAACUUCAUUUCAAUGAUAUUAACCAUAUAAGUGUACAAUAUCUCGCUGAUGCCAUAUUCAAUAACACCGUACGUAUUUUAUUAUUAUCUUUUCUCUCUGUUUGUCAUCGAUUCUUCAUACAGACACUAACUAUGCUAGAUCUCUUCGGUAAUAAAAUUGGUCCUCUAGGUGGACAACAACUUGCUAGAGCAUUUCAAAAAAACAAAGUAUUCUAGUUCUUGUUCCAAUUUUCACGUGCUCAUCUUAUUCAAUACUUUCAGACACUUAUCGGCUUAAAGCUUUGUAACGGUGAAAUCGAAUGUCAAGGAGCUUGUGAAUUGAUUCAGGCUUUUCAAGACAAUGAAGUACUUAGGGUUAUCCAAAAGUAGUGAGCCAGGUACUUUUUUUUCUUAUAGAAAGCUUUCAAAAAUUUUCUUUUUUCAUGAACAGAUAGAGCGU